GUAACCAUGAACAAUGAUGACUACUCUUUCUCUUCAUCGCCAUCAUCUACUUCUUCUCAGAGCCAACUCUGCAACCCGAAUUCUCCAUCGGAAAAUUCACCAUUGCCCACACAAAAACCAUGUGGUUCUCACAAGAGAAAAGCUGGGAGAAAAAAGUUUCAAGAAACACGACAUCCAGUGUAUAGAGGAGUUCGUCAGAGAAACGGUAACAAAUGGGUGUGUGAAGUCCGUGAACCCAACACCAAAUCAAGGAUAUGGCUUGGAACAUACUCUACACCAGAAAUGGCAGCUAGGGCACAUGACGUGGCUGCCCUAGCACUUAAGGGCACCUCUGCGGCAUUGAAUUUCCCUGAUUCGGUUUCUCUUCUUCCAGUUGCAAAGUCAUCUUCAGCUGCAGAUAUUCGAGCUGCUGCAGCACAAGUUUCCGAGGUUUUUCUUUCAACUAACACUUCUUCAUCCUCUGCAAAUGAUUCAAGGGUUGAAAUUGAAACUAAUUGUUCGGUUGUGAAUGAUGUUGAGGAGUUUAAGAAAUCAGUGUUCUUUGACGAAGAGGCGUUUUAUAACAUGCCAGGUUUGUUACAUAGUAUGGCAGAGGGUCUUCUCAUUACUCCACCUUCUAUGGUGAGUUUUGAUUGGGACGAGGUUGAUUGUGAAACAGAUCUCACUCUCUGGACAUAUUAA